CUCAAUAUUCGAAAAUAUUAAACUUCAAAUAUAUUUACUAAACUUUUAAGUUAUUAUAAUUUCAAAUUAGCUAAAACUCAAAAAUCUCUUGAUACUUUUUGAAAAAAUGGAAGUAGAAGUGGAAGCAGCCACCGUGGGACAAUUUCAAACUCUAGUUCGAUACAAUAAUCCCGUACUAGUGGUUAAACAUGCCGAAAAGAAAACCAUACCAGCAGAAUUGGAACUCAAACGUCCUCAAACAGCAGGCGCUUUACUAGACACCAAAAAGGAAACAGAAGAAAUUUUAAAUUCCAUACUGCCACCACGUUGUUGGGAGGAUGAAGGUCAGCUGUGGCAACAAACGGUCUCUAGUACUCCAGCCACACGCCAAGAUGUUAUUAAUCUACAAGAAAUGUUGGAUACACGUCUCCAACAAACGCAAGCUCGGGAAACUGGCAUAUGUCCCAUACGCCGUGAAUUGUAUUCCCAAUGUUUUGACGAAAUCAUACGUCAAGUUACCAUUAACUGUUCAGAAAGAGGUUUAUUACUUUUGCGCAUACGUGACGAAAUUGCCAUGUCUAUGGAGGCCUAUGAAACUUUAUAUUGCAGCUCGGUGGCUUUUGGUAUGCGUAAAGCUUUACAGGCCCAUGAGGAGAAGGAAAAGCUAAGAGAUCUUGUUAAAACUCUGGAAUCGGAUAAAGAAGCCUUGGAGGAAAUCAUUACCGAUAUGAAAUUGAAAAAUGAACAGGCUGAGCGCCGUAAUGCAGAAUUACGUGCAUCGGAAGAGAAAAAAUAUCAAGAGGAAAUUGCCUUUCUAAAGAAAACCAAUACACAACUAAAAGCCCAAUUAGAGGGUAUUACUGCGCCCAAAAAAUGAUUCUGAUUUAACAUGAAUAAAUCUUGUAUCUUUGAUAAGUUUUUAUUAUAUUUUUUAGAAAAUCGUAAAAUUAAUAAAAAUAUUGAUUAUUCUUUUGCU